AUGAAAGUGCGCGGUAGAGUGUUUUUAACGUAUCUGUUAUUAUUAUUCUUCCCAAGUGGAUUAUUUUGCGUCGAUCAUAGUACAUUUAAGACAUGUGAUCAAAGUGGCUUCUGUCGACGGCUUCGUCGCACCACACCUCAGCAUAGUUCAUUCGAACUGCUAACAGAAUCUUUACAAGUCACUGAAAACGUUGUCCAUUUCGAUCUAUUGGAUACUGCAACCUCUCAUCUCUAUACUCUGUCACUGAGUUCCGUUGGUGGCCAAAUUUUACAUUUCGAAAUUGACGAGAAGCAACCACUUAGUACCAGGUACCGCGUGAAAGAUGCACUCGCAAUGGAACUCACAGCUUAUCAACUUGCGAUUCAAUCCACGGAUCCCAUAGUAGUAAUAACGGAAGGAGCCAAAAAAGUACAAAUCGAACCAUCGCCAUUCAAAAUGGAUUUCUACUACGAAAACCAGCACUUCGUUUCUGUGAACUCCAAGGGUCUUCUGGAAAUUGAACGUCUACGGAAGAAACCUGGAAACCCUCCAGCAAAUGAAUGGGAGGAGGAAUUCAAUGGAUUCCUAGACAGCAAACCCAGAGGACCGGAAUCGUUGUCGUUGGAUUUCACUUUCCCACAGGCUGAAGUUUUGUUUGGCAUUCCGGAACAUGCCGAUGAUUUCGCCCUGAAGGAUACGGUAUCGGGGGAUGGCGAUCCCUACCGGUUGUACACGCUGGACGUGUUCGGUUAUGAACUCAACAGUACUAUGGCCCUUUACGGUGCAGUACCCGUUCUCUACGGUCAUGGAGUGACCGGUAGCACGGGAAUAUUCUGGCAAAACUCUGCGGAAACUUGGGUUGAUGUCUUCAUGGCAAACACACCACCGGCAACAAAUUUUAUUUCCGAAAGUGGAAUUGUAGAUGUGUUUGUACUGCUGGGAUCUUCACCCAUUGAGGUGUUUCAGCAGUAUACUGCAUUGACGGGGACGGCACCCCUACCGCAGAUGUACACCCUGGGAUACCACCAGAGUCGAUGGAAUUAUGAUAAUGAAUCGGAUGUUGCAAUGAUUGAUGCUAAAUUUGCCGAGCAUGAUAUACCACUGGACAGUAUUUGGUUGGAUAUUGAAUACACGGACGGCAAACGGUACUUCACUUGGGAUUACGUUCGAUUUCCCGACCCGUUACGAAUGAUGAACAAUUUGACAGCUAAUGCACGGCAUCUGACGAUUAUAAUCGAUCCGCAUGUGAAAGUCGAUGCAGACUAUUUCUUCCACAAGGAUUGCUCGGCUAAUGGGUUCUAUGUUAAAGAUAAAACGCUGAGCGAUUUUCAGGGUUCUUGCUGGCCUGGCCUCUCAGGGUAUACCGAUUUCCUUAACCCGGAAGCUCGCAAGUACUAUGCUGAUCAAUAUCUGCUAAGUAAUUUUAGGGAGUCGACCCGUGAAGUGGGUAUUUGGAAUGAUAUGAACGAGCCAUCUGUUUUCGAUGGACCGGAAGUGACUAUGUCGAAAGAUAAUGUGCACUUUGGGGGUUGGGAACACCGCGAUGUUCAUAAUUCUUUCGGUCACUACCAUGUGAUGGCAACAUACGGCGGAUUGAUGCGCCGAAGCGAAGGAACCUUGCGGCCAUUUGUGUUGACUAGAUCGCAUUUUGCCGGGACUCAGCGAUACGCGGCUAUCUGGACCGGUGACAAUAUGGCAGAAUGGAGCCAUCUUCAAGCGUCGCUAAAAAUGUGUCUCACGGCUUCCGUUUCCGGGUUUAGCUUCUGCGGUGCAGAUGUUGGAGGGUUCUUCAAUGAACCAACCGCGGAGUUGAUAUCACGCUGGUACCAAACUGGGGCGUUUCUUCCAUUCUUCCGAGGUCAUGCACACGAGGACACGAAACGUCGCGAGCCCUGGCUAUGGCCCGAAGAAGUGAUGCAGGUUGUAAGGGAUGCAGUUAAGAAACGCUACCGAUUGCUACCGUUCUGGUACACGAAGUUCUACGAGCAUGAACGGUUUGGAGCACCAAUAAUGCGCCCACUUCUGGCACAGUAUCCUCGUGAUUCUCAAACAUUUAAAAUCGAUAAUCAAUUUUUACUUGGCGAGCAACUGCUCGUUGCUCCCGUGCUAGAAGCAGGUCGAUCCGAUGUAGAGGUUUAUUUCCCCGUAAGAGAAAAUAGCGAAUCCGAUCUGUGGUUCGAUUUCGACACUUAUCGUAGCUACAAUCAAUCUGGUACUCUCUCAAUUCCGGUGGAUAAUUUUAAGAUUCCAGUAUUUCAAAGGGGUGGUACAAUAGUAGCCGUCAAAGACCUUGUCCGAAAAUCAACAAUCCCAAUGAAAUCAGAUCCGUAUACACUGUCAGUUGCGCUAAAUCGAAACGGAUCAGCAACGGGAACUUUGUACGUUGAUGAUGAAGAAAGCUUUGAAUAUCGCAGUGGUAAAUACCUAUAUUUGAGGUUGAAUUUCACAAAUGGGAUUCUUUCUUCAAGCAAUUUAAAUCCAGUUUCUACCUUCAAGACACACGCAGUGUUUGCAAAAAUCGUCUUGGAGUUAGAGAAGGAGCAGAACGCUAAUGAGAAAGCUAUGGAAGAAGAAAUGGCUAUUCGUGAAAAAAGGAUGGCAAUGGAAAGAGCCAUGAAAAUGAAGCAAUUGAAGUACACGUAUCCAAAAGAUAUCGUGAAGCUGGAGCGUAAGGCACCGGAAAAGAAAAGGCUGUCGAAACUGGAGCAGCUCAAAGCGUUGAUAGAAGCGGCCGACACCGAAGAAGAAGGGUCCGAUCAAGAAUCGGAUGACGAGCCAUCGGUGACACAGCAAAAAGAUGUUCUGAAAUGGCAAAAGGCUAAGAAGGUCAAUUCAGUGUCGAAGGAUCUGAAUCCCCUGAACGCAGCGGAACUGCGGCCAUUUGAGAAUUACUGA